CAGACCCACGUUCUACUCAAAACAAUAACCAGCAGCACACGCCCACAUCCACUUCAAGUCAUCAACACAAACCCUCGAAAAACCCCAAACAACAACGCACAAACCCUCGCACACCUUCCAAUCAAUACAACCAAAUCUCACUAUUCAUCUGAUGCUUGCACCAAUUACUAUCCGAUAAAGAAACCGCUGCAUUCGAUUCUGCGUUUAUAGAACCCUAGAUUACUGAAUUUGGCCCUAAUUUGAACUCAUGACGCAAGCAGAAGACGGAGGCUCGAACAGAGAACUGUAUGCUCUACUUCAUGUGUCUCCUGAAGCUUCCGAUGAAGAAAUCCGUAAAGCGUAUCGUCAGUGGGCGCAAAUUUAUCAUCCUGAUAAGUAUCAGGAUCAACAGAUGAAGGAUGUAGCUACAGAGAACUUUCAGAGGAUAUGUGAAGCAUAUGAGAUAUUAACCGAUGAAUAUAAACGACAAAUAUAUGACAUAUAUGGUAUGGAAGGGUUAACCUCUGGUUUAGAACUUGGUCCAAAGUUAAACAAAGCGGAAGAAAUUAAGGAAGAACUUGAAAGAUUAAAACGCAAAAGAGAAGAAGAAAAAAAAGCUGCCCAUUUUCAACCUUCUGGUGUAAUUCUUGCACAACUAUCAGUUCCAAGCUUUCUAGCCGGGCAUGGUAUAAUGAGAGCAAUGUCAAUGAACAGUGAAAUCCAAUCACAGAUAUCAAAAAACAAUGUUAUUGCUUUUGGUGGGACCCUUGCAGUAAAAGGAAACGAUGGUGAUGCAGCUGCUAAUGCUGUUUUUAGGCAUCAGUUAUCUUCUGUAUCCUCUAUAGAAGUCAUGGCUUCUGUAGGUUUGCGGGGAUUGAUAGGCGUACAAACAUCUCGCCAGCUGUCUCGUCAUGCCAAUGCAACAAUGGGGCUUGCCGUGUCGUUAAGAGACGGUUCGAUAAAUCUUUCUAAUUCUUGGAACCGUCAGCUCUCCACAACAUCAAAUGCAAGUAUAGAGUUGAUUUUAGGCUCAGAUUCCUCAGUUGCUGUUGGAUGGCGAAAGAAAGAUAAAAAAAUGGCUGCAGCUGGAGAGAUUAGGAUCGGCACAAGUGCAAUCGGUGCAGUUGGUCGGUAUACUCAUCGGUUCUCUUCUAAAUCCCAUGGGCGUAUUACUGGAAAAAUAGGAAGUAGUGCACUUGAACUUGAAAUAGGGGGAGGAAGAAAAAUAUCAGACUUUAGCACUGUCAGAAUGUUAUAUACAAUCGGGAUUCAGGGUAUAUACUGGAAGCUAGAAUUACAUCGUGGCGCACAGAAGUUGGUUGUUCCUAUUUUUCUUUCGAGGCAUAUAAAUCUUGGAUUUGCUGCAGGGGCGUUUCUUAUUCCAACUUCACUUUAUCUUACACUUAAGUCACUUGUUUUUAAGCCUUAUUAUCGUAGACGAGAAAAACAGCAGGCACUUGAGAAUAUGGAACAGACUCGUGCUCAGGUUAAAGAAGCAAAAGCAGCAGCAGAGAAAGCUCAGCGGUUAUUGCAAAAUGUCGCGAAUCGGAAACAAAAUAAACAAUUGGAGAGUAAUGGAUUGGUCAUUAUUGAAGCGGUUUAUGGUAACCCUAAAGUGAUUAAAAGCAUUAAUAAUAAUAAUUCAGAAGAGAAAGAAGAUGAAUUAGCUUCACAGAUUGUGGAUGUCACUUUGCCCUUGAAUUUUCUAGUCAGCGAUUCUGGUCAACUUAAGCUACAUGAAGGCGUAAAGAAAUCUGGAAUAAUGGGCUUUUGUGAUCCUUGUCCUGGUGAAACCAAGAAACUAUAUGUGAAGUACACUUACGGUGGCAACAGAUACGAGGUCGAAGUUGAUGAUCUUCAAGAACUGAUAUUACCUCAGGAAGGACACAGAAUAUGAUAUGAUAGGUUUCUGAGUUUCUUCUACCAUUUUUGCACACGCAUACUAGACAAGUUUAUACACUUCUUCCAGCUGUUUUGGUCAUUGACUGUCUUGGCAGCAGGUUUUUUUGUAUUUUUGCGGAUUAUUUUGUGGUGAAUUGCUUUACACACACACUAAAUAAAUAACCAAAGGAUGCCAAACAAUUCUUUUAUAGGGUUUGGUAUGUUGAUAAUCA